AAAAAAACGAGAUAAAAGAAAAAUAAAGACUGUACCAAUUAAAAUAACAGAAACGUCAAGGAGAGAACAACGAGCCUUCAGCAGGAAAGCAAAUAAACACAAAUGAACUAGACCAAUUAAAGAAUGAACUUAUAACAAGCGCUUAAUGGCAGUAUCAUAAAUAAAGCGAGUGUGUUUAUAUACACACAUCAUCGGAGAGAGAGAGAGAGGGAGAGAGGGAGACAGAAAAAAAAAGAAAACAAAACGUACAGAGAUCAAACCUUUCAGUACGAAACGAAAAAAAAUGGAAAGAUUGCAAAACAAGGCAACAAAGCUCUCACCUUAGUUUUUGAACUUAAUUCGUUUCGAUCGAUAAAUUCGUCCCAGCUACUGAACGAUCUUUACAUACUAGCCAGGGUUCGCAGCAUCCACACUGGAAAGAAAAACACAACAGAAGGAAAAAGGGAUAUCGUUCUCUCCCUCCCUCUCUCUCUCUUUUAAAGAAAGGAAAAAUGAAACGUUAUAUACCCUCUUGCACUAACAGUUGGUGGAAAAUGUUGGAGGAUAAAGCCAAGAAAAAGAAACACAAUUUCACACCCGCUUUGAGGGCAAUUUUCCCAAAUACAUAAUGUGAAAAACGCUCGGCCAAGCUCCGCCCACUUGCUCCGCUCCAUCGCACAAUAUGGCGCAUGCGCGUGUGUGCGUGUGGACGUCGCGUAUACGCGGUGCACACAAAGCAACUGCGAGAGCUUGCGGAGAAAAACCUGACCAUCCAUUCAUUCAUUCCGAGUUAUGCGUUCGCUGUGCGCAGAUCGAUCGAUCGUCUCCGCGCGCUUGGUUGUGAUCAUUUCAGUGUGCCGUGGUUCCGCGGUUGUAAGGAAAUAAAAGAAGAAACGUGCCCUGGUUUUACCUUGUUUAUUAUCAGUGUGCAAAGCAAGGUGCAUUCGAGAGCGGUACCAGUGCAGAAUUAUACAUGAGUGUGACCGUGUCUUUGAUGAGUGUGAUUUUGUGCAAAGAAAUUUCACCUCUAGCUGUGUGUUUACGCAAAACCGCUAAACCCUAUCAUUGUGCUGACAAAAUCAAUCGUUUCCAGUGACGUUUCUGUUACAUUGUUUUGUUGUUGUUUAAUGAGAUAGAUAGAAACAAAACAUCCAGAUAAAGCAAAGAAGUUCGUUUUGAAUUGCAAACCAAAAGCGGGAACUAGAAUCGUUUCAACUCCCACGUGCGUUGUGUUUAUGUGCGCGUCCAUGUGCUACCAGGUGGUGAUGCUCAUAUAAAGCUGUCCAACCUCCAACAGCGCCGUAGUAGCAGCAGUAAGACAAGCCAAAAUUGAGUCGAAAACGAGUGCCGUUCGCGAGCGUACGAGCCCCCGGUGUGCCACCUUCAUGAUCGACACGUGCCGCACGGAGGAGAAGGUGUUCAAGAUUGCCACCAACUACAAGAUGCCGACGCUGCAGCCCCGCAUCGGUUUCAGCAUCGACUCGAUAGUCGGCAACACCACCCCAAAGUCACCGCCUUCCCCACCGCACACCAUCACCAAACCGGAAACGGUGACCGGGGGUGGGGGUGGUGGUGGUGGUCCCACCCAACGGACGCCCAGUCCGCUCGGUGCGUCCGAGAGCUACUCGGUGCGGUUGAACCGGCUGCAGAGUCUGUCGCCACCGCACAACUACAGCAUCACCCGUCUGCCGGAGAGCCCGCAAAGUCUCGAAGGAAGCCACGCAAGUGUCCGAUCGCUCGAGGCACUCCAGUCGCGCCUUUCGCCCCCGGUCAACCACACCAGCCCGGGCGCCAUACCGCUAUCCCUCAAGCGUCCCCGUAGCCCUUCGCCACCCGUUUCACCUCCACCACCGCCCGGCGCUGUUGGGAUGGGUGUGAUGGGACCGCAAGGUGGACCACCGACCGGUCCGUCGGUAGGACCGAUCGUCGUACCUGGACUACCGCCCGGCCUAGUGCGGCCCUUCCCGGUCAGUCCCUCGCAGCCACCCGCCCAUCCCUCACAUCCGUCCGGACCGGGACAGCCCGGCGGACCGCAGACGGACAUUAAAACGUUGCCACCAUUUCUGCACACGCCCGAAAUGGUACAGGCGGCCCAUAAUCAACACUUUCUGGCGGCACAGUUUCAGGCGGCGGCCCUUGCGCACGCUCAGGCCGGUCAACCGUUCCCACCGCAUCCGGCCGCAGCACAUCUGCACAAUCCCAAUCUGCCACCGCGGGACAGCUAUCCACUCUAUCCGUGGCUGCUCAGCCGCCAUGGACGUGGUGUGUUCCCGAUCGGAUUCCCUGGAAACUACCUCAUACCGUUCCGCAAAUCGAAACGUGUCCGGACUGCAUUCUCGCCCUCGCAACUACUCAAGCUGGAGCAUGCCUUCGAAAGCAACCACUACGUCGUCGGUGCGGAGCGUAAGCAGCUGGCCCAGAACCUAAACCUCUCCGAGACGCAGGUGAAAGUAUGGUUCCAAAAUCGCCGUACGAAGCAUAAGCGCAUGCAGCAGGAAGAAGGUGGCUCAGGAUCGGGCAAAUCAACCGACGGUGAUCAUCAGAACCGUUCCGCCUCGAGUCCCACCGGAAGCUGCGAGGAGGAGGACGACGAAGACGAAUUCAUCGACAUGGACGAUUGUCCGAGCGAUGAGGAAAAUAUGCACCACAAUGGUUAAGGAUGGACUAGAAACGCUACCGUGACACCGGAACGUCGUUGACGUUUAGUGCCAAAACAUUGCUUAUAUACUGCUGUCAACGACAAUUUGACAGCGCAAUUGAGUACCCAGUGAGUAGGGAGUAGUAAUAGUUUCGUUUAGCUUUCCUUGUUUCUUUUUUUUCCUUUGGUAAAAUUAAUUCGAAACACACGUUGGAAGGAAAUGCCAGACACAAAACCCGGAGCAAUCCCAUUUAUUUGAUAAGCAAUGAAAGUAUUACCGUGUUUUUCUCACGUUUGUUUUGUACAUUUGUCUAGGUUUGGUAGAAAGAUUAGAGCGGCAGCGUUAAGCAAACAGUACACGAUUACCAGCAGCAGUUUGUUGUUUUACAUUUUAUAUGUGUGUACAUAAAAUCACUAGACCGAUAGGAUCAGUGUGGCAGAUGUUAGUCAUAUAGUACCCUCACCGUUUUUCCCGUUUUACACUAAAUGCUGCUACAAAUAGAAGGUAAACGAUCUUCCGAUACGAGGCUACGAUGAGGUAGGAAACGGGACAGAAAAGCAAAAAAGGAAGUGAGAUGAAUUUGUAUAUUUGGCUACGAUUAGUGUGUACCGUUCCGGGCAGUUUCAAUUACAACCACGUGUCACACAAUCAGCGUAUGAAGUAGUGACCGAGUGGUUAGUAAUUUGUAAAUUAUCGUAUUAUUUAAUAAAUUAGCUAUAAAGAAAAUGUUGGAGUGUAGUGUAAAAGCGAGAGCAUUACCCGGACAAAUGCAUUGUAAUUGAUCAAUAAACAUUAAACAAAACAUUAACUCAUGUCUGUUCUGUUCUUUACGUUUUCUUCUUUAA